UUUAAAAAGUGGAAACAAAAACCGUAAUAAGAUAAAUUGAGGGCAUCUCUCCACCUCAAUUUGUUUUACCAAGAGAGCAAUAACUAAAACUCCAAAAUAAAUCAGUUGGAAUAAUAAUUUCCUGCAUCCCAGGUUUUCCAUUUUAGGUCUUGGGACCAAUUAAGGAGCAAGAGAGAGAGAGAGAGAAAUUAAGAAUGGGUAGAGGAAAGGUGCAGUUGAGGAGGAUAGAGAACAAGAUCAACAGGCAGGUUACCUUCUCCAAGAGGAGGGCUGGUUUGCUGAAGAAAGCAAAUGAGAUCUCUGUGCUCUGCGAUGCUGAGGUGGCGCUAAUUGUUUUCUCUCACAAGGGGAAGCUCUUUGAGUAUUCCACUGAUUCUUGUAUGGAUAAUAUUUUGGAGAAGUAUGAAAGAUACUCGUUUGCAGAAAGACAGUUAAUUGCUAAUGAGCCUGAGUCGCCUGUUAAUUGGACCAUCGAACACAGCAAAGUUAAGGCAAGAAUUGAGCUCUUGCAAAGAAAUCAAAGGCACUACAUGGGCGAAGAUCUGGACGCGAUGAGCGUGAAAGAUCUGCAGAACAUGGAGCAACAACUCGACAGUGCUCUUAAGAACAUCCGAUCACGAAAAAAUCAGCUCUUGUUUGAUUCAAUAUCGGAGUUGCAGAAGAAGGAGAAGGCUAUCCAAGAGCAAAACAGCAUGCUUGCAAAAAAGAUCAAAGACAAGGAAAAGGAACUGGUACAUCAGACACAAUGGGAGCAGCAAAAUCCCACCACAAACACACAACCUCAAUACCUCAUGGCAUCUCAACUUCCUUGCGUAAACAUGGGAGGCAACACGUACAAUGAAGAAUCUGAGGCGAGAAGGAACGAGCUGGACCUCGCUCUUGAUUCACUCCACUCAUGUCAUCUGGGAUGCUUUGCUGCGUGAAAUCAAUCGCGGUUCUUGUUCACGGGGAUUUGAUAGUAAUCUUGGUGAGAAUAAGAUGGUGCAUUAUAUAUGUAUGUAUGUUGCUGUUGUUAUUACAUUGUGAGUGUAUACCAUGAGUUAUUUCAUGUGUGGGUCGGCAUAGGUUCUACAGCCCAACUGUAAUCAAUAGAAUAACUCACUGUGAUUCUUGAGUAUAAUAUAAUUUGUGUAAUUUGUACUCCUUCCACCCAUUAAAUAUGAAACGUUAAAUUUUUGGCAUUA